AUGGCUGACCAAAGUGGUGGGUUAGUAAUGAGAGAGUACAGAAAAGGGAACUGGACGUUGAAUGAGACGAUGGUGCUCAUUGAGGCCAAGAAGAUGGACGACGAGAGGCGGAUGCGGCGGUCCAUCGGGCUUCCGGCGCCGGAACAUCAACAAGAUAGCCGGAGUAGUAGUGGCAGCAUUAGUAAUAAACCGGCGGAGCUAAGGUGGAAAUGGAUAGAAGAUUACUGUUGGAGGAAAGGUUGUAUGAGGAGUCAGAAUCAGUGCAAUGACAAGUGGGACAAUCUCAUGAGAGAUUACAAAAAGGUUAGAGAGUAUGAGAGACGGAGGGUAGAAUCGUCUUUUGCCUCUUCAUCUGCAUCUUCAUCCGCAGCUGGUGGAGAAACGGGGUCAUACUGGAAGAUGGAGAAGAGUGAGAGGAAAGAGAGAAACUUGCCGAGUAAUAUGUUGCCUCAAACAUACCAAGCCUUGUUUGAAGUGGUGGAGAACAAAACGCUCCCUUCUUCCACCGCCGCAACAGCUGUAACCGCUGCCGUCGCUGCUGCCGCCGCCGCCAUUGGAAGUGGAAACGGUUCCGGCGGUGGACAAAUCCAAAAACUGAUACAACAACAAGGUUUAGGAUUUGUUCCGAAGCAUCAAAUACUUCAGUCUCCUGUUUUAUUGCCCCUUCAACCUCCACCACCGUCUCAACCGCCACAGCCGCUACCACCACCGCUAAUUCUGCCACCGCCUCCACCGCCUUCUUUUCAUGCUCAGCCAAUACUGCCCACAAAGGAUAGUAGCUCAGAUUCUGAUACGAGUGAGUAUUCAGACACAUCUCCAGCGAAGCGAAGGAGAACAGUACCGGCCACAGCAGCCGCCGGUCCCAGCGGCGGAGGUAACGCAGAAGUGGAGGAAGGCGAGACAGCAGUGGCGGCUGCGUUAUCAAGAAGUGCGUCUGUGAUUGCAAACGCGAUUAGGGAGAGUGAGGAGAGACAAGAUCGGAGACAUAAAGAAGUGAUGAGCAUACAAGAGAGGAGAUUAAAGAUCGAAGAAUCGAAUGUCGAGAUGAACAGAGAAGGAAUGAAUGGAUUAGUUGAAGCCAUUAAUAAGCUCGCUAGCUCCAUUUUCGCUUUGGCUUCUUCUUCUACUUCUUCGACUUCUCGCCAUGAUAAUCAGCAUCAAGGAGGUCCACCAUAA